AUGGUUAAAUCAAACACUGACGUAGACAUUCACUCAGCCUUUGACAUAGACUCCGACACAGACUCUGACAUAGACAUUCACACAGCCUUUGUUGUAGACACCGACAUAGAUUUCAACAUAGACUCCGACAAAGACUCUAACCUAGACUUCGACACAGACUCUGACAUAGACUCUGACAUAGAUUCUGACCUAGACUCCGACAAAGACACUGACAUAGACAUAGACUCUGACAAAGAAUCUGACAUAGACUCCGACACAGGCUCUGACAUAGGCUUCAAUAUAGAUUCUGACAUAGACUCUGCCAAAGACUGUGACAUAAACUCUGACAUAGAUUUCGACCUGGAAUCCGACAAAGACACUGACAUAGACUCUGACUUAGAUUCCGACACAAUGUACUCCGACAAAGACUCUGAGAAAAACUCUGACAUAGACUGUCACUAUGAUUCUGACACAGACCUAGAUUCCGACACUGCCAAAGACUCAGCCAUAGACAUUCACACAGCCGUUGACAUAGAAUCCGACACAGACUCUGACAUAGACUUUGACAUAGACUAUGACAUAGAUUCUGACAUAAACUCUGACACAGACUCUGACAUAGACUCUGACACCGACUUUGACAUAGACUCCGACAUAGAAUCUGGCAAAGACUCUGAUAUAGAAUCUGUUAUGGACUCUGUCAUAGGCUCUGACAUAGACUCUGACAAAGACUCUGAAAUAGACUCAAAAAUAUAUCCUGAGAUAGACUCUGAUAUAAACUCUGAUAUGGAAUCUGUUAUUGUCUCUGACAUGGACUCAGAUACAGUAUAA